AAUGAUCAAACUCUUUUUAUUGGGAAUAGUAAUUUGCAAUGCAUUUAAAAUAUCUGAAAAUUUCAGUUGGGCAGAUGUUGAUGGCAAGAACUUCUUAACUUACACAAGAAAUUAGAAUUCACCUUAAUUUUGUAAUGGAGGAUGGGCAUUUGCAGUGACAGGAGCAUUGAGUGAUAGAAUCAAAAUUAAAAGAAAUGCUGCUUUUCCUGAAAUAGUUUUAUCAACUUAAGUCUUAAUAUCAUGUGAUACUUAAUCAGAUGGUUGUUCUUCUGGAACUGCAUUAAAUGCAUAUUAAUAUAUUAAAGAUAAUUGGAUACCAGAUGAAACAUGCACAAAUUAUGUAGCCAGAAAAGAAGAAUGUAAUGAAAUGGCUAUAUGUAAAAACUGUUUAGAGGGAAUGGGUUGUUGGGCAUAACAUGAUUACUACAUAUAUACAAUUUCAUCUUAUGGAACUCUAUAUGGAUAAAUAGAUAUUAUGUAAGAAGUUGUGAAGAAUGGACCGUAUAUUAUAUAAUUAUAUUAGUGUAUCUUGUCAACAUGGAUAGAACAAUCAUUAUGUGGAAGUUGUGGGUUGGAGAACCAGUGGUUAAUCUAGUUAUUGGAUUGUGAAAAACACAUUGGGUCCAAAAUAUCCAAGUUUAUAUGAAGUUCCAAUAGAGGAAAUCCAAGAAUGUAGUUAUGGUGAAGUAAUAGAUACUUGGACUGAAGGAAUAAGAGCUAAAACUUAAUCAAAUAAAAAAAUUGAAAAAAGAUCUUAAUAAAAACGUAAAUCUUAUUAAUUAGAUAUGCUUCAAUUUUUAUAAUUGGAUUAAUUAAUAAUAACUCCAUUUUCAAGUCUAAAUGCAGAUGUACCUACUUAAUUUGAUUGGAGAAAUGUUGAUGGUGUCAAUUAUUUAACAAAUAUCAGAAAUCAACAUAUUCCUGUUUAUUGUGGUUCAUGUUGGGCACAUGCUGUUACUUCAACUAUAUCAGAUAGAAUAAAUAUUAAAUUAGGUAAUAAAUAUCCUGUAAUUAUUCUUUCUGUUUAAUCAAUGUUAAAUUGUAUGUCUGGAGGUAGUUGUGGAGGAGGUUUAGCUUAACCUACUUUUAAACAUGCACAUUUAAAUGGAUUUACUGAAGAACAUUGUCAUACAUAUGAAGCAAUAAAUGGAAAACGAGUUAGAUGUUCAGAUGAGGAUUAAUGUCAUUAAUGUAAUGAAGAUGGAUGUGAACCAGUAAAACAUGCAAAGAGAUAUUUUGUAUCAGAAUUUGGAUAUGUAAAAACUGCAAGAGAUAUGAAAAUUGAAAUAUUUAAUAGAGGUCCAAUUGUUUGUGGAGUAUAUGCUACUUAAGAAUUAGAUGAUUAUGAGGGUGGAUAUAUCUUUUCACAGAAAACAAAUAAAACAAUACUUAAUCACUUUGUAUCUGUUGUUGGUUGGGGUAUUGAAGAUGGAGUUGAAUAUUGGAUUGUCAGAAAUUCAUGGGGUACUUAUUGGGGUGAAAUGGGAUUUGCCAAAAUAAAAAUGCAUUCAGAUAAUUUACUCCUUGAACAUUAUUGUAGUUGGGGAGUUCCUAAAUUAUGAU